UCGUACUCGAUAUUCUGUAUCUCUCUGUUCUUUCCUUUUUACAGUCACAUGUAAUAAAAAGCCAUUUACAAUAACGUUUUUCUAACAUUGAGCUUUUUCGGCAUGUCUAUCAAAUGUUUGAUAAAAUGCCUCGCAAAAAUCACAAUUCGUAAAGUUGUAUAAAUGAUGUACGUGAAUGCUUCGAUGGAGGGCAUGAGUAGCCUUGGUUUGAUAGAUAGACUUUAUGGGUUUAUGGGCCAUUUCAAGAAAGCUUAUUUUUUAUUCCACUUUCAGAAUGAUUCAAUGUGUUUGACAUUGCUUGAUUAGAUUUAUCUCUAGUUCUGGCAUUUAUUUAUUUUUUUCAUGUCUUUCAAUUGCGUUAAUCCAGUGUUGCAACUUGCUGUCAUGAAAAUGUUGAAGCUUGCCCCUUCAAUUUUGUACUUAUUGUAAACUUGUUCAGUUAACGCUAGAAUCAUUAUGGAGAUUGACAAAAUUGCCGAGCUGAAGAGUUUUCUCAAGGUUCUUCCCCCAGUUGGAUUUUGUUGCGUCUAUGGCUCAUCUCUCCAUCCAAAUAAUAAGGACAAGUGACUAUUGGUUUUGUAGUCAACCAUGGUAGAUUAUAUUAUUGGCGUAUCAGAUCCCAAGCAAUGGCAUUCUGAGAAUAUGGAAUUGAAUGAAGAUCACUAUGCCUCCUGGAUGGUGCCCCUUGGCGGUGCAAAACUGAUUACUCAAGUUGCAGAUAAGAUUGGUGUAGGAGUGCACUUUAAUCCAUUUGUAACAUGGAAUGACAAGAUGCUCAAAUACGGUGUUGUUAGGAUGCAUGACUUGGUUCAAGAUGUACUGCAUUGGGAGAGAUUCUAUUUGUGUGGUCGUCUACAAAAACCAGUUCAUAUACUUGUGGAUAAUUUGGAUAUUGGAGAUGUAAACUCUGUCAAUCUGAGGGCUGCAGUCUCUGCUGCUCUUCUCCUUUUGCCAUCCAAAUUCACCGAGGAAGAUUUGUACUCCAAAAUAUGUAGCCUCUCAUAUAUGGGUGACUUGCGCAUGCUUUUUGCAGAGGAUAAAAAUAAGUUUGGAGUUUCUGCUGCUCAUGCUUGCAACCACCUGCAGGUGAAGAGGAUUGUUGAAGGACAGUUUGGUUUAUUCCAAUCGAUGUAUAAACCAUUUCUAAAAGAAUACGAGGCUAAAGAGUUACUGACAUUCUCAUUGCCUAAUUCUCAUCAGGCUACUAUCUCUCAGGACUGCAGUUUAUCAAUGACUCAUUCCCUAGUUCAUUCACUUCCUCCCCUUGUCAGAAGAAAAAUGGGGAUGAAGCUAGGAGAGAUGCAAGUGCUGAAGGAUUCUGGUCGAGUUUUACAUGAAGUCGUGAUUGGUUCAAGAGAAGAGGCUGCCAGGAGUAUGCAGAGGAUUAUCAGGCGUACUGUUAUGGUUUCAAGUGCAAGGCAGGCUGUCUCUGGUUUCCUGGCUGCUGGUGGUAUUAAUGCUACUAGAUAUCUUGCUAAUAAAGUGCGCAAGGCUUGGAAAUCUUGGACAUGAUGCAGAACAUCUUCCCCCUCAUUUCCUUGCCCCCCCAGUUUUGUGCAUACUCUGAAAUAGUUCAGCCAGGUCAAUAGUUAUAUUUUCUUGACGAGGAAUCCCACUGGUGCCAGAACACCCCAGGUGCCUAAAUUGCCGCUAACUUAAGCAGCAGAUGAGUAGAAAGCAUACGCAUUUUUACUUUUAUACCGAGUAGGGCUUCCCAUAAAAAAAAUGGCCAUACGUAGAUGAGAUGAAGGAUAGAUACUUAGCUAGAAGAACAAGCUUUAUCGCUGAUCUAUUUCAUCUAUUUCAUACUUUGUAGAGGAGCAUUUCACUAUUUCCUUGCUACACUUGUUAUUGAAUUUAUUUUUUCUUGGAGAGGAAAGUUUUGUAUUGACUUGUAUAUCGCCUUAUGUAUCAUUAUAGUAUUUAGAACA